AUGUUACUGCUGCCGCCACCUCUCAAUCAAGAUGACGAGUCUCUCGGAAUGCUGAUCAGCCGCAAUCCCCUGGUGCUGCUGCGAGCACUGCUGGCCACGGGACUGGUCAUUGGCGAUUGGAACGACAUCCAAUUAAGUGAGUUGACCGAUGGCAACAAAUUGAUCUCGAUCCCUGCUAAAGUCCUGGUGCAGCAAGCAUUUGAGACUUUGAAGUCUCACAACUUGACCCUGGUCCCCGUAAGUCGGACCAACGACACCGACUUGACCAAUUGCGGUACCUUUGACUACUCCGACUUGAAUACGUACCUUCUCCUUGUAAUGAACAAGAUAUCGGUGGGCGACGCUCCUGCCAAUGCCGAGUACGUUGCCAAAGCUAAGCGGGGUGAAGAAGUCCCCGUUGAAUUCAUCAUCCAUGUGCAUCCGAAGAACCCGUUUAUCAGAUUCAAUGAACACGACUACUUGCCCAGUGUCAUGGAGACUCUCGGAAAUGGUGUUCAUCGGGUGGCAAUUACCGACAAUUCCGGCAAGGUUACGGGUAUCUUAUCACAACGACGGUUGAUCCGGUUCAUGUGGGAAAAUGCUCGUCGAUUCCCGCUGUUAGAAGGAUUAUUCGAUCAAACUCUUGAGCAAUUGCAAAUAGGUGCCACCAACCCGAUGACCAUCUACGAUGAUCAAUUAUUGAUUGAAGCUCUCACGAAAAUGCAUACCGAACGAGUCCUGUCAUUGGCUGUCAUCGAUCACCUGCACCAAUUGAUCGGCAACAUUUCCAUCACUGACGUCCAAAAUGUUACUUCAUCGAAGAACUCUGCUCUCUUAUUCAAGCUGGUUCUCAAUUUCAUCUCCUACAACCUUCUGCAAAAGGGUAUCGAGCGUGGCCAAGAUCAAUUCCCCAUCUUCCACGUGAGAAAACUGCUGACGUUGGGACGGGUGGUUGCUAAGCUUGUGGCAACUCAAUCGCACCGGUUGUGGAUUGUCGAAUCGCCGCUGAAGCUGCAAGAUACCCCUACUAAGGAUCCCGGACAGGGUAAGUUGAUUGGGGUGGUUUCACUCACUGAUAUUUUGGGCCUUUUCGCUGAAACCAAAGGCAAGAAGACUGACCCCACGUACGCGCGGAACCAGCGUCGUCGUUCGUCUACACUGACCACUCGCCUGAGUAUUGAUAUGUGA